AGCUGGCACAAAGCCGGACUUAACAGAGUGUAAAGAAACGAGGAAAUGGUAGAGUAUGUGGAUGACGACACGGCAAGAAAGCAUCUGCUUGGAGGGUCUUGUCUGUUUAUCUCUGUACGCAUGCAUGGUUUAUCACCGCGUGAGUGUGUGUGUGAGAGAGAGAGAAAGAUGGGGAAGGCUUCACGGAAAGGCAAACACACGCUGAAAACGGGUAAAAACGCACACACACGCGCGUGUUGCAGGCUCGUUCCCCGGCUGCGCGCGCACAGCUUGUCUGUUGCAGGCCGUACGUCAUUCAUGCUGUCACUCACGGCAGUCACUCCCCUGAUACUGACACGCCGCCUGAGCGUCCCGCUGGCCUCCACACUCCCUGCUGCUUCUGCCGCACGCAGCACGCGCGCCUCCGCCCGCUUCAAACCUGCUGCGCCGUUGGCCGAGACGCGCAAACACGUACUCCUACUCACAGGUGUACGUACACACACACGUGUGCACGUGCAUGCUCGGACAGACGCAUGCAAGAGACACGCGUGGAAAGAAGUGUGCGGCGCUGUGUUUGUUUCAUGUCAGUUUCAAACAACUUCGCCGCAUGGAGGCGGUCGGAAGGGUAUAAAUGACAGCAGGAAAAAAAGAAGUCAGAUUGUGUUAAAAUUGUGCUGGGAUUAGUUGAUUGGACCACUCGAGGACUUGUUUUUGUGGAGACUGAGUUUUGUUGUUUCUCACAGGGUGUUUGGAGAGUCGGUAAACAAACAACACGCACGUACACAGAACAACUCGUCGCCGCACGACUUGGUGUUGGAGUUAUCUGCUUCUGACAUACCUCUCACCCUGCUUUGGUGAGUCGCGCCUGUCAGCUGAUUCCGCGCUCGUCGACUCUCGAGAAACAUCCCCCCCCCCCAGUCCAACUCCACCACAAACUCACCCACCCACGUGGAGUGUACGUCACAGAGCGAGGCUCUCGUGCUGCGCGACGUCACAGGCAGCCGGUGUCUUUGAUGAUCGGGGUGUGAUUGCGACUGGCGCGCAGUGCAGCGAGAGCUUUGUCUUGACGAGGGUACGCGGCUGCUGAGCCACCCGUUUCUACUCGUUCACUGUUUAAGUGGUUGGAACUUACCGGACAACUACCUGCUGUGUGUGUUUUCACUUAACGGUAAAGCUCCUGGCGAGGAUUCACAGCGGCAGAGAAUGUAGUAACAGUUCAUUGAAUCUUCUUUCAUUAACACCUCAGCGCAGUUUGAGAGCAGCAGACAGGAUACUUACAUACUUUGAAAGUUUGUGAGACUCGUGAACUGUUGGACGAGAAAAUAAACCUUGAACUACCCGGGGAACACGAGCAGCAGCAGAGGUGGGUUUGAGAAUAAAUAUAUUCUUUUUUUCCCAACCUUGGCUACCCGUGUGAGAGCUACACGAGACUAAAGAGGACACCAACCUCCGUGGUGUGAUUUGUCACCUGUUUGCACCUGGAAGGCUCUACUCAAGCCGGUUGUCGUCAUGUCAGCGGCCGCUUUGAUCUUGCUCUUUGUGCAGGGUUUUCAAGGCACUUCCGGCGAGGCAGCAGACAGGAGGCCUCACCUGUCCCUCCCGACGUCUACUGUCUGUCCGGACACCCACGUGUGGUCAGAACAGAUUGCCAGGUGCUGCCCCGUGUGCCCGUGGGGCACCGGAGCCUGGAGCCUUGCGCUGUCCCCUUGGACUACGACUCCGACCCUGAUGACAAAGAUGACGAAAACUUCGCAAGCGAGGACUCCAGGCCAGCAGCCACCUCGUCGUCGUCAUUACCAAGGGACAGCAGCACGACCCUCAGGCCGGACGCGGUUGCGGCCCCUCCUGGUUGCUGGCCAUGCGUCAGCGGCGUAACCUUUUCGCCCAACGCCAGCCACCAGGAGGCGUGCCGCACGUGCAGCACGUGCCCCAAGAACGCACGCAUGGUGACCGCCUGCAACGCCACACACGACGUCGUGUGCGCAUGCGAGGAGGGCUUUUUCCGGUCGGAGGAGACAGGCCAGUGCGUGCUGUGUGACCUGUGUCCGGCGGGUUGGGGCGCCAGCACGGCCUGCGGCAGCAGCACCAACACCGUUUGCCGCAAGUGCCUCAACGGCACGUACUCUGACGUCCUCAACGCCACGGCUUCGUGUCGCCGCUGCACCGUCUGCGGCGAGGGCCAGCGGAUGCUGCAGACCUGCACCGCCACCCAGGACACCAUCUGCCUUAGGAAGUACAUGGACAUCCCACCCACUUAUCGCUAUGACAUCGACGGCAAGGAGUACCAAGGGCUGGACCGCUUCUACCCAGGGCACGGCGGCGAGGACGAUGACGGAGAUAACCAGCCCCCGGCCCAUCACGACGACGACGACGACGGGGGCAUUGACGUCAUCCCGUUGUAUUGCGCGGCGCUAGGGGCGGUGGUGGUGGGUCUUCUGGCCUACGUGGCGCUCGUGCAUUAUCGGCGCAUGCGCGACAAGCGGAUGGCGCGCGAGCCCCAUGAAGACGUGGAGUACUCCAAGGCGUCGUGCGCGGACAGCGGCAUUUACGUGGAGAGCGACCACCAUCACCACCAUCACCACCACCAGAAAAAGAGCGUCCACGCCGUGCCGAUGACAAGCAAUAUGCGGUUGCGGGACGUGCCCCAGGCAAAGAAGAAGGAGUUGGAGAAGACGUACCUGGCCGGGUGCAGGGGCGACAGCGACUGGAAAAGCCUCGCACGCGAGUUGGGUUACAACAGCGGCAAGAUCAGCAGCUUUGAGUCACGUGGCAGUCGCGACCCAGGCGCCCCCUUCCGUCACGUAAUCCACGACUGGAGUCGUCUAGAGGGCGCCACGAUCGGGGCUUUCUUGAAGGCGCUGCGUAACACAGGACGUCACGACGUGGUCAAGUUCUUGCAGGCGGAAUGCAACGAGCAUCUGCAGCCGUUAAACAGCUGCCUGCCGCAGCAGGUUGUAUAGUGCAGCCACAACGUCUGAGGCAGACGUCUUCUCUGGGCACAUACAGCAGCAGCAGCAGCAGCAGCAGCAAAGAGUUUGAAGACACGUGAACCGUGAAAGACAGCAUCGCGCGACACGGACAGAAGUUUCUCUUAACUUUUGAUGCCCUGUGACGUCACUAACGGGCUGCAGAGAUUGCUUGUGGGUGCGUCUGGUGCACGUGCUGCGCUUUUUCCGGUUUCAUUCUCUAGGGAUGGUGUUAGAACUCUGCAAGAACGGUGCAAUCUAAAGCGCAGAGCUUGGAUUUUUUAAAAGACCUCCCCCUCUCUUCCCCCCAACACACACUGAACUUUAUUUUGUGUUACAAGCGCUGACGCCGAAGAUGUAUUUAUUUUACUAGUGGAAGCUGAUUGAUUGAGUCCCUUUUCGGAGAUCUUUUGCGUAAACCGAUCCACGUAUAAAAUGACUGAUGACUUCCUGCACGAGUACAAGCACUGGUGGGUCUAAAUAUAGUUUUCUUGCCUGUAGACCAAAUGUUCACACAGUUCCAGUCGUAAACUGUAUAGAUGCUCAUCCUCCUCACAGUUUCUCACAUCACCACCAAAUGUCGCUCAAUACACAUUAUUGUACAUGUGUAAGUAUUUUCAUCCGGUUUAAUUUUGUUUGGGUGGGGUCUGGGCCGUUAGAGCCAGAAUUGCAAGACUCGUUAAAAUGGGCGAAGUUAGUGAAGCGAAACUUCCGCCCCCUGUUUAACACCUGAUGUGUCAGAUUGUUUAUUACCUGCUGACGUGCAGACGGGCACAUCAGAAGCAAGCAGAAUGGAACUGAACUUCAUCCUGACGAAACCGGAAGACUCUUUAGGAGAAACUUAAAUAGAUGACGAGUCACCUGAGGGCUGAAGCAGAACUUUCAAAAAAGAUGACCUGCAUAGUGUGAGCGAUAUAAAGUUUACUGAAGUGACAAGAGUUGCUUGCGAGUGAUGGCGACGCCCACACGCAGAGGAGGCUGGGAGAGCUUCUGUCACGUGAUGGGUGAGCGUCCAGUUACCAGUUUGCCAAAACAGUGCGCGGUGUGUGACGUAUUGAAAACUCGGCCAUGUCAGUGACGUCUGCCCUUAGCUAAGGAACUUGGAAAACACAGAGCAACGACGGGUGGGUGUUCACUGAAGCAUACCCACUAGGCAGUCAAGCGCAUUAGGAGAGUAUGUGUGCGGGUACGUGCGUGUGUGUGUGUGCGCGCGACAUUGUGAUACAAGUGCUACCAUGCAUGUUUUUCUUAAAAAAACUUUCUGUGUGUUGAGGUGAAGUCCUCGGCCGGUCGCAUACAUGUAAAACAGUAAUAAUUGUACAAACUGUUUGCUAGCAACGUCAAGAGUUUGAAAUCAGAUAAAACUAUAAAACAUUUGCGAACUGACGACUUGUCACCCACUGGGCUUUGAAAACUUGGAGAUUUUCUUUUAAACAUGAAAGUGUUUGCUUAUUAUGUAAUAGAUGAGUUACCAUGUCUAGAGUGCAAAGGUUGUCCCUCAAAAACAAGACACGUCUAUCAUAGGGCAUGCCUUAAGCUUGUUGACAGAAUUUGAUAUAUUGGUGUAAGAAGUAGUAAAGCUGGGAUAGAUGUUAAAAAAAUCUCAUCUCGGUGAAAAUUUAACGAUUAAGUCUGCACUCGGUGAACGUUGUGAGCGAAGAAACAACAUUACUUUGUUUCUCCCUGUAUAGUGUGGCCAUCAGAUGACACGUUGUCCAAGACCUGUACGUCUGUAUAGUCGUGCAUCAGACUUGUCUGCAUCGUUUUCUAUUUUAGCAUUUCACGCUUUCAUCGACGGGAUAAUGACAAACGUGGCUUGAUUUGUUGUUUUGUGGGCAAACUGUAUUAAUAGUAGUGUAAAUUAUUAAGAAAGAAAAAAAUGAGAGAGAGAGAAGUUGAAACCCAUGACAAGACUAUGAAAACUGUGGGUGAGAGAGAGAGAGAGAAAAAAAAAAUGAGUGGAAAAGUGUUUGAGUGUAUAUGCGUGGGUUUGUGUGGAUAGAUAUCAAGACUUCGCGAGCAAGAACGUGUACUGUAGCUGAUUUAUAUUUCGUCUUAAUAUUUCUCUAUGUGCAGAUGUUUUCUCAUGUACAGACUGUCCAUCAAGAUGCAUACGAUGAUGUUUGAGUCGGAGAGCACGAUUGAAUGAGUGGUAGGGUGGUGCAUGGGUACAUCCCGUCUGUGUGCAGAGCUUGUGACAACAGUCUCAUGUACUCAUCCAUAAUACACGGAUGUCUCCUCUUUUCAAAUCCUUAUCCACAUCCUACGUUGCUUUAUAUGGAUCGAACUUUUGUUGCAAAGAGUUCAGUUAAGAUGGCCGAUGUUCAUGAGCUUUUUUGUUUUUCUUUUGCACUCUUUGCCUCUGUGGUGUAAGCCGGCUUUGAACAAAAAAAUAAAAAAUCAAUACGUUAGAAAAUCA